CUGCUCCGGGGACCUGAAAGUCCGGCGCUAAGAGGGGGCGCCCAGGCGGCGAGGUCCCCGCUCCAGGCCCUGUGAGGGUCAGGGGUGGCCAGCGGACUCCCGUCUUUCCUGCCCGCGCAUCUCCUUGCCCAGGUGCCCUACGUCGGCGCGAGCGCGCAGCAGGUGAAGCAGGUGUUGUCGCUGCUGCGAGGCCGCUCUGGAAAGAUGGUGGAUUUGGGCUCCGGCGACGGCAGGAUCGUGCUGGCGGCCCACAGGUGUGGUCUCCGCCCGGCUGUGGGCUACGAGCUGAACCCGUGGCUGGUGGGGCUGGCGCGGCUGCUCGCCUGGAGGGCCGGCUGUGCCCGCAGCAUCUGCUACCGCCGUGAGGACUUCUGGAAGGUGAGCCUGAGGGACUGCUACAAUGUAUCGGUGUUCCUGGCCCCUAGCGUGCUCCCAAUGCUAGAGAAAAAGCUGCAGGCAGAGCUGCCCGCGGGUGCCCGGGUGGUGUCCGGUCGCUUUCCGCUCCCCACCUGGCAGCCUGUGACCGUGGUGGGGGAGGGCCUGGACCGAGUCUGGGCCUAUGACAUCCAUGGUGGGCUGGCUGGCGAGGCUGUCUCCUCUUAGGGGGUACCCAUCAAGGUGCCCCUGGGACCCAGUUCUGCUUUGGUCCCCAGAGCCCCUGAACAGUGGUUGACUGUUCAGACACAAUAAAGACUCUGUGGGUUCCA